CGUCGUUCUUUUUCUCCACGCCUAUAAGUAAUAGAGAAGCUGCAAUCGCAACAACAUCCACUCACACCCUCUUACAUGGAAAUCAACAGUUCGAUUCCAUCCAAUGGCAAAAAGAGCAUUCGCGAUGCUUGAACGCCAAUCGCUAGCGGAGAAUUCAUCGCCGUCGGUCGAUACCAAACGCCCAAAACGCUCUUCCGACGUAGCAGCAGCGACCGAGAGUACAACAACAACAUGUUUGUUCCCAAAAGCGGUUAUUGGAUACCCGGAAUUGUCCGAAGAGCCAAGUAGCGAUUGGGAUAGAAGCGUUUUGUGUAGGAUCUGCGUUCGAUUACCUGACGGGAGAAGAGUGCAGAGAAACUUCUUGAAAUCAGAAUCGGUUCAGCUUCUCUGGUCGUUUUGCUACUCCCAGAUGGAUCAAUCGGAGAGGAACAAGCCUUUCAAGCUGUUUCAAGCCAUUCCGGGUUAUUACAAGAAUCUUUAUUACGGAUAUUACACGAGUUUCGAACAAUCUGGGCUUGCCAACUCUUUGAUCUCUGUGACUUGGAUGUGAAGAAUAACCUCUCUUUUUUUCUUGCUUCUGCUACUUAGUUUGUAUUUUGUAAUCUCAAGUUCAUCGGAAAGAUUCGAUCAAAUCGAUUUACAAAACAAACUGUUUCAAAGUCUAUCAUAGAACAUGUAUCACCUUUCCAUGGUUACGGUUUUAGUUAAUCAAUUAUGACAACAACUUCAGCAAAUAUCACUCGUCAACAUUAUUCUUGUAACGGCUAUGAGUUGGUAACGGGGUCAAAGUAACUCAAACGUGUCGAAAAUAAUUAAAAUUCCUAAUAUUUUCUUAAAUUACAUGUAUCUACCCGAAAAGUAUAAAAGGAAAUAUAUUUGAAUUGUGGAUUUGAUUUCAAAUCCAUAACACAAAAACAUGAAAUAAAAACUUAAAAGCAUAAAGAAAGAGAACUUAUACAAAAACAAAGUAAAAAACUGAAGACAACUUCGUCGACAUGUUUAUUUCUCAGGACAACUUGUGGUCUUCAGUUGAUCAUUACAUUAAAACCAUAGGAGCUUCCUGACUUUGUGCACAAAGAAAGAAUAACAUUUUUGAACUUUCAUAUGCUCUAUAACAACUAUGGUAUCAUUAUAUAACUAAUGUUCUUGUUUUUUCAAUUAGAUCUAAUUAACAUAUAUGGCAAGUUCUCUUCAAUAGAUUCUGAAAAGAAAACAUUUGCAAGGGAUGACAUGUGUUCUUACUCUUGCAUGUCUUGAGCCUUCUUACACUUUCUACACUGCGUAGAACCAAGACAAAAAUUCCAUAAGCAGAUUCUACCUCAUGUAAUGUCUAGAUUUCGUAUUUCUAGAAUUUUAGAAUACCUCGUAAAAGUAGAAACUGCAUUCGUAGAAAAAGUAGCUAAUACAAUUAGUAGAAUUCGCAUUCCCUAUUUUUAGAAGUUUAAUUAAAAGUAGAUUGUUCGUUCUAAAAAAAUAGAUAUGAACUUGUUUAAUCCGGAAUUCAAUUUCUACAAAACUCAUUUUCCGUAGAAGACAAAAUCUACUUUUAGUAUAACGUAAUUUAAAAUUUAAAUUUAUCAAGUUUUUCAACAAAAAAAUAUCAGUUUGCGUAUAUGAGUAUUUUAUCAAUUGUUUGUAUUUUUGCAUAAAUUUUUUGAUUCAUAAAACUAUUUAUUUCAUUAAGUUUUAGAAAUUGAAAUGGUAAAAUGGAAAAAAAUGGACAAAAAAUAUUUUAUACUAAAUGAACAACCAUGCUAUUUUUUGUUCUGUUUUAGCAAUUUUCCCAAAAAGAAAUAGACAUGAUAUAUUCCUCUGCUUUGUAUUCCCUCAUUAAAAUAUGGAUUUUAGGUUCCAUUUAAAAUCCUAUAAUUGCAAACUGAAACAACUCUCUCAUUCUGAACAAAUACCUUUUAACUUUCUUUAAGUAAAAUUAAGUCAAACUAAAACUUUCCUCUAAUUUGGACUGGAUCUAUGUAAGUUUCAAAAAAAACCAGCUUGGAUCCAAUACGAAAACAAAACGACAUCCCAAUUCAUAAAAAUCAAAACAACAAUACAACAGAGAGAAAUCAAACAUCGGUUUUUAGGUUUUGUUUUUGGACGACACAAUAAAGGGUAGACUCAUAUAAAGGCUUUGAAAACA